GGCACAUCCAUAAGACCCAUGAAGAAUAUUUCGUUUCAAAAGCUGAUCAAGUCGAUUGUUGUCUUAGAAAUUCUACCAUCUUAAAAAUUAUUAUAAACAUGAAACUUAUCUGUUUUUUAUUCACAUUUAUCCUUGUAAGUGCAAACGAUGAUGAUGAUGCAUUUAUGAAGUCAUAUAAUAAGGUUGUUUUUCUUACAAAUGCAGCCAUCGAGCAAGCAUUUAAUAAGAAUGAUUUAAUUGUAGGAAAUAAUUCUAGAGCAAAUGGAUUGGAGCAUAUAAUUGAAAAAAUUGUUAAUGAUGACCGUUCUUACAGGAGUUUCGCCCAAAUCAAUUUAAUGAUCGCUGUACCGGGCAAAUUGGAACUUACUGACAUUGUACCGGGCUCCGAAAACUCUUUGCCAAUUAUUGUUUCUGCUAUGCGAUACCAGAUACGCAUGGGAAAAGAAAUAAAAACUACAUUAGGCAUUGAAAUUCCUGAUGCUCUAUAUCGAGAAAAUUCUAGAGGCUUAAAUUUGACAACCCUUGUAGAUAAUAGAAGACGUCGUGUUAAGACAGCUUUAAAAAAUAUAUUCAGACGUAAAUUAGGAACUAAGUAUAACCAGUUUAUGAUGCAACUAAAACUAGAAGUAAGAAAUACAUUAAACAAGGAAGUAAGCGAAGAUUUGGGACGUUUUAAUUUGACAAACCUAGCAGAAAAAAGAAGACUUACUGGAACGUCUUUAGAAAAUACAAUCAGACGAGGUGUAUUAGGAACUGAUACUUCUCAAGUUGCCGAAGAAGAAACUGAAUCAUCUGAACAUGUUUUUUUAUGGGGGUUGUGUCGUUUGAUAGGAUUAUACAUAAGUGUACAAUUUCCUACAUCAUACAUAAGAGAGCUUCGGAUUGACCCCGAUAAUCAUACUUGUAACCUGCAUGAUGGAACUAUGGAAAGAAGAUUUAAAAAAAUUAACGACGUAUGGUGGCAACUAAGUCCAAUUAUUCCUCGAGGAGCUCUUAAUAUAAUUUAGAUCACGAAACGAUGAUAUAUCUUUUAACAUUAUAUUAUACUAUUUUAUUUUAUUGUAAUAAUAUUUUCAUUUUGCACUUGUAUAUUAUUCCAUAUUGCACUAAUAGAUGUUAACAAAUUUAAUUUAUAUCAUAAUAAACAGUUUUACUUUACA